GCAGUGCGGUGGGCAGCGGCCGGUUGUUUACGUCCGUGUCCGUCUGUUCGGUGUCGGUGGAGCCUUUCCGUGGGUGAAGUGGUGCGGGUGUAAUCUGCCUAAACGCUGUUUUAGUUAGCUGGUUGGCUGGUUAGUUGUUAACUAGUGUUAUUUAGGUGGACGGUUCAGGGUUUAGGGGCCAUGGCGGAGGGUCCGGAGGCGGAUGUGGACGAACCUCCCAGUAUCAGCCUCCCUCCGCUCAUCACCGUGUCCGACCUGCCAGGGGCCACGGCUGCAGGUCGAAACCUGAAGGAAUGGCUUCAGGAGCAGUUCUGUGAUAAACCCCUGGAGCAGGAUGACAUGCGUCUGCACAAUGCUGCCUACGUCGGAGACCUGGACACCGUCAGGAACCUGCUGCAGGAGGACAGCUUCAGACAGCGGAUCAAUGAGAAGUCAGUGUGGUGUUGUGGGUGUCUGCCCUGCACCCCCUUGAGGAUCGCAGCCACAGCAGGACACGCUGCCUGUGUCGCCUACCUGAUCGCUCAGGGGGCAGAGGUUGACCUGGUCGAUGUCAAAGGUCAAACUGCCCUCUACGUCGCAGUUGUUAAUGGUCACCUGGACUGUGUCCGCAUACUCCUCGAAGCCGGAGCUGACCCGAAUGGAAGCCGCCACCACCGCAGUACGCCACUGUACCAUGCCGCCCGAGUGGGUCGACUAGACAUCCUGCAGGAACUCAUCAGGUACAAUGCUGACGUAGACAUGGACCACCAGCUGGGUCCCCGCCUCCUUUUAAGUGCGCGGACCCUCAACACGUUGGUGGUCUGUCCACUGUACAUCAGUGCUGCCUAUCACCACCUCCACUGCUUCCGGCUGCUGCUCCAGGCCGGCGCUCAGCCUGAUUUCAACUACACCGGGCCCGUCUGCCAUGAGGCUCUGACCCGCGGCCUGGCAUCCUGCCUGCUGGAUGCUGUCCUGCGACACGGAUGUGAGGUGGCCUUUGUCCACCUGCUGCUUGACCACGGGGCCAACCCGGCCCUCGUGCCCUGGAAUGAGUCACAGCUGGAGGCUUCCAACCGGAGGAAGGUGGAUCCCGAGGCACUUGGUGUCUUCCUCCAAGCUAGAAGAUGUCCUCGCAGGUUGACAAAUCUUUGUCGAAUCAAGAUCCGCCGAGUAAUGGGCAAACACCGUCUGAACCACAUACCCUCAUUACCUCUACCACAACCCAUCAAGAACUUCCUGCUUCAUCAAAACUGAUCCUGAUUAUUUCCUAAAUGAAUCAUUAUCAGAAUAACUUAACCGCAUUUGGAAGCUAACAGUAGUUUAAUGUCAGUAUUGUAAUGUACUGAAAUGCUUUUCAUCUUAUCAGUGUGUCAGCUUGUUUUGGUUUGUGUCUUCUAAAUGUGAUAUUUUACAUCCUAUAUCACUAGAGGUGUUGUGGCCCUUUAUUAAAUCACACUCUCCAUCUUAAGAACCACAUUGACAUUGAGUAUUUAGGUACAAAGACCAAAAAUAUGCUGUGUAUUCAAUUGAGAAUAUGGUCAGUGUUAACUCAGCUGUUUCAGCCUUUCAUGACCACUCAGACAUUGUGAACAAUCACUAGAAUUAAAUUCACACUGUAGAUCACUGGGAUAAAUGCUACUGCACUGUCACCCACUGUCUUUAUGUUAAAUAGUGCAGUCCUACUUGUAGAAUAUUUAAGUGGAAAUCCUGAUGUUUUCAAAGAGAAAAAAACUCUUCAAUGAGCCAUUUCUGGUAAGAGUAAAGUUUACAUUUUGUGUAUAAUUACUGCCUAGAAGGAACCUACAACUGUUUAAUCAAAAUGAACAAACCUUGUUUUGUUGUAGCACUGACAAUCUGUUAAAAUUGAAGGGAAUAUGUAGAAUAAAUUGAAGUGUAAAAGUGUAUUUAUUAGCCAUAAAGCUGCCUUCUCUAAGUCUGUUGCACCUUCUGUUCUUCUGUACAUAUGUUGCACAGCCUUUGUCUCAUACACUUGUACUGUUUACCUUGUUAAAAUGUCAAUGCAGAUUGGCUUUGUUUAUUUUUAUUUGCAUACAGUAAAUGUAUUAUAAGUCUA